AUUCCAUUCCUGUUACCUUUAAACUUGCCCCAGCUGCUGCAGUUGGACCCUGAGCAGCCAGCUCACUGCUGGGUCCUGAACUUGCUUCUCUCAUUGAGGAGGCUGUGCUGAGUGUCCAAGCCUGUGGGGAGAGCUUCAGGAGGAGCAUCUCCAGGGCUGGGAACAGCCAUGAUCCCGCACCCAGGCACCUCCACGUCUCUCUUCACACUGCUGCCCUUUCCCCAACCUACCCACGGCCCCGCACCCCAGCCACCCUGGGGGCAGCCCCCUCCACCCCUCCUGAAUGCCGCAUUCCCUCCAGGCAGCCGCCUCGUGCUGCCUGCUGCCAUCCCCAGGAUGCCCGUGGUGGCAGGAGAUGGUGGCUCUGGCCCAACUGGGGCUGGGAAUGUCCACAUCAUAUUCCAGUUGAGGACAGGAGGGCAGCCAGUGGAGCCCCCCCACUCUCAGACCUUGGUCUACAACCAAACCUGUAUCAGCCUGAAUGCCCCAGGGGGCCUCUGUGGGCCAGGGCAGAACCCUGCUCCCAUAGCAGUGCCCGGGUCUUCCCUGCAGGCAACAGUGCCUGCACCUCCCAUGGUGGGAACCCAGGCCAGUCAGGGGGGCUGGCCUCUGGGCCGCCCUCCUCCAGCUCCACCACCAGCUGCCCAGCUGGCCCCGAUGGUCUUCCCAGCAAACAACGGGCCACCACCACAAGGGGCAGACAGGGAGCGCAUCCUGCCUACUCCCAAGGCCCAAGCCUCACCAGACGACCCCUGCAGCUCCACCAGCGUCUACGAGAACUUCCGGCGCUGGCAGCACUUCAAGGCCCUGGCCCGGAGGCUCUUGCCCCAGAGCCCUGACACAGAAGCUCUGUCCUGCUUCCUCAUCCCCGUGCUGCGGACCCUGGCCCAGCGGAGGCCCACCAUGCCGCUGGAGGAGGGCCUGCGGUUUGCCAUGCGCGAAUGGCAGCACAAGAGCAACUUCGACCGCAUGAUCUUCUACGAGAUGGCAGAAAAGUUCAUGGAGUUUGAGGAAGAGGAGGAGAUGCAGAUGCAGAAGCUGGAGUGGAUGAAGGGGAAACCUUGCCAGCCCCCACCGGUCUCACCACCACUGCUUCCUCAAGGGCCCCCAGCCCCUGUGGCUGUCCAGCAGCCAGGGUGUGCCCCCAGGAAAGCCAGCUCCAAGGCCCUGCCUGCCUGUCCAGUGCCACCCAGACACCAGGGGCCUCAGGACAGGACACCCAAGGAGAUCCCGCCAGAGGCCGUGAAGGAGUACAUGGAAAUCAUGGACACGUUGCUGGGGCCAACACCCUUGUCCUUGGAGCCUCCCGAUGGCCACCCAGAAGAGGACACAGAUGAGAAUGAGGGGUCAUACCCGGACCCAGAAAUGCUGUCCUACAUUGACCAUCUAUGCUCCCAAGUGGAUUUUGUCACCAAGGCGGAGGCCAUCAUUCACCCCAGAUUCCUGGAAGAACUGCUUUCCCCAGAUCCACAGCUGGACCUCACGGCCCUGUCCAAGGAGCUGGAGAAGGAGGAAGGGCUGACUGCUGGCCAGGUGAUGGCGAAGCACUGCUCCUUGAAAGAGGAUGGGGCCAUGGGGGCCACCCCCAGUCAUGGUGUGCCCCUACUGAACCCCAGCAAUUCUGAAUCUGGACCCCAACAAAGUGCAGAGAGUGACAACCAGGGCCCCCGCCUUGGGGCCAGAGCUGAGUGCUUCUCCCGGUCGAUGUCUUCCCAAGACCUGCAGAGACAUGCUGUCCCAGACACCCCCCUGUGCAGGCCUGAGGUUAAUGCUGUCUUUAGUGGACAUCGGGAGUGUCCCUCACUGGGGGCCACCGAAGAUGCCAGGAGUUUCAGAGGAGGACCCUCUGUUGGGGGCUCGCACACACCAUUGGACAACUCCAGUGAGAACGAGGAGGAACUUCCCAGUCUCUCCUUCCUCCUGGCCUCCCAGCACCACCUGCUGCCCUUGGGCUUUGCAGGGAGCGAGGCCUCUGCUGAAGACCUGCCCUGCCUUGGAGCUGGGAAUCCUUGCAGAGCACCAAAACCCCUGUCUACCCACGGAAGGGACCCUAGGGGACCCCUCCCACAUGCUGCAAAGUCCAGGAAGCAAGCUCUCCAGGGAGGCCAGGGCCCUGCAAAAAAGAAGCCCUGCCCAGUGCCUCAGCUCAGGGCUUCUGCAGGGCAGGCCCAGGCUCUGGGCUGUAUGGGAAACUCCCAGGCUCAGAAGAGGAAAGGUGACCACUUGGUCACCAGGAGGAGGAAGAAGCAUCAUUCAGCCCACUAGGUGGCGCCAGGACUCUGGGGGCAGCUCCUCCAGGUGCAUCCUGAAGCACAUGGACCCUAACUCUGCCCUGCACCCAAAGUACUGACCCUGCUGUUCCUCACCACAAGAGGGCGACUGUAGGACCCCCAGGUGGAGGGACCUGGGGCAAGAGUGUGGAAUCAUCCCUUUGGGACUUUGUUGGUAUAAAUAAAUGAAGUUACAUUGGAAAUAGUCUCUGCUCUGCUGCCCUCUGUCCUGGCGUCAGCGGGGUGAGGGCGGUGAGGCAAGACAGACGGGGAUGCCUGCUCGUGGCUGCACAGGGGCCUGACCGACGUCUCCCUCCAGGUUCACACGCUCUACCCCGGCUGCUAGUGCCCCGCACCAUCACCGCCCACACGAGCCCUCCCUUGCUCUGGGUCCUCCUGAGCCCCGCUGUCCUUUGUGUCCUAUAAACGUCUUCCUGGGAGCUGCUUCUGAGCUGUCAGACGAGGGCCCCAGGAGCAGAGUUCGAGAACUGAGCCUGGAGAGGGCACCCUCCCGAGGGGGCUCCUUUCUGCUCCCCUGAAGCAGGCUCCUGGCAGGCCUGGUCCCUCCUCAGUGUGGGUCUGGGGAGGUGGAAAGCGCUGGCUUUGGGAUAAGAGGCUGUGGCAUCUGGGGAAAUGGAGGCCGACAAACUGAGCAGCACUGAUGGCCGCCAAAGCCAAGGGCUGUGCUUUGUCAGUCACCAGGGGGGACUGCUCCACAGGGGGCCUCAGCACUGCAGGAGGUCCUGGACGGCUCUGUGCCCUGGGCAGCACUGGGGGGUGGCCCUCACUGGUCCUAACAGGUGCCCCAUCCUGUCCCAGGAGCCGGGAAAAGGGCGGGCCAGCACGAGUCUGCUCAUCAGUCGACCACAGGCAGUGGCUGACAGGUCUCCUGCAGACAAGAGAAGGGCUGGCUCCUGGGACACACGAGGGGCAGCUGAGGCCUUUGCAGGCCCUGAAGUUUCUGUGAAGGCAUCCUGGGCUGGGAGGAAAGAACCUGGGCGGCCCCACAGGGGCUCUCAGGACAUGACUCCUACCCUAGACAGGCUCUGCAAUGUCCCCAGACCAGCACGGCCCUGUGAAGGUCUUCAGAAUCCACUAACUAAGCUCUGUUCCCUGACACCAGCAUGGGUGCCUUGUGUGCAAGCCUCUCACUAACUUCAGACAAACAUUCAUGACUAAGGCUGCCCUGGGCUGGCUCUCAUCCUCCCCAUCUCAGUCUCCCGAAGGACGAAUUCCACCUCUGAUGCCAACACCCCUUCCUGCAGUGUCCAGAGAUUCUCAUUUUCUUCAAUUACUGCUGCUUUGGUUGUGAUAUCGAGAGAAUGUUUCGGGCCGCACAGUGGCGUAGCGGGUAAAGCUGCCACCUGCAGCACCAGCAUUCCAUAUGGGCGCCGGUUCAAGUCCCGGCUGUUCCACUUCCAAUCCAGCGCUCUGCUAUGGCCUGGGAAAGCAGUGGAAGAUGGCCCAAGUCCUUGGGCCCCUGCGCCCACAUGGGAGACCCAGAAGAAGCUCCAGGCUCUUAGCUUUGUAUCAGGCCAGUUCCAGUCAUUGUGGCCAUUUGGGGAGUGAUUCAGCAGAUGGAAGACCUCUCUGUCUCUGCCUUUGCCUCUCUGUAACUCUGCCUAGGAAGGAAGGAAGGAAGAAGGAAAGAAAGAAGGAAAGAAGGAAAGAAAGAAAGAAGGAAAGAAGGAAAGAAGGGCCGGCGCCGUGGCUCAAUAGGCUAAUCCUCCACCUUGCGGCACCGGCACACCGGGUUCUAGUCCCGGUCGGGGCGCCGGAUUCUGUCCCGGUUGCCCCUCUUCCAGGCCAGCUCUCUGCUGUGGCCAGGGAGUGCAGUGGAGGAUGGCCCAGGUCCUUGGGCCCUGCACCCCAUGGGAGACCAGGAAAAGCACCUGGAUCCUGGCUCCUGCCAUCGGAUCAGCGCGGUGCGCCGGCUGCAGCGGUGGCCAUUGGAGGGUGAACCAACGGCAAAGGAAGACCUUUCUCUCUGUCUCUCUCUCUCACUGUCCACUCUGCCUGUCAAAAAAAAAAAAAAAAAAGGAAAGAAAGAACUUCGGUAAAUAGUAAUAAUAAUAAUGCUACCCUCACAGCAUGAGUUACGAGUGUUCCCUCCUCUUCACUUCUUUGGAACAGCUGAAAGGGAUUGAUAUUCUUUUUUUAGAAAAAAACUUUUUUCAUUUUAUUUGAAAGGUACAAGAGGAAGGGAGAAGUAGAGGGAGGGGAAAAGGAGAGGGAGAACAUAACAUACCCCUAUGUGCUGUAUCACUCCCCAAACUGGCAAUGGCCUGGGGCUGGUUUCAAUCCAUGCGGUAUCUUCUGCUAUAAUCUGUUAUUAUACAGGAGCCCUAUUGAUGAGGUGGGGAGGUGUUGGAGGGGAGGCAUUCUAUAACCCUGUGAUUUUACUGAACCUGGGCUACUAUCCUGUGACCUGCACAUGUACCUCUGAGUAGCCCUCACCCCAACCCAUGGCGUGGAAGAAAUGCAAGAGAGUGCUGGAGUUUGGCAUUUCUUGUCCACAAGUCAGUUAG